AUGCAGAUCUCGCCUGCCACCACCUCACCCGCCGGCGCCGGCCCUUCCCGCUUCGCCCCAUCCCCGGCCAGCACCCCCAUCCCCUGUCACCCUGGCGCCGCCGACCCCUGGCCCCGGCCACCAUCUCACCCGCCGGCGGCGGCCCCUUCCGCCUUCGCCCCUGCCGGCCUCCGCCUCAUCCACGGCAGCCCCGCCACCCGUCACCCCGGCCCCAUCCACCACCUCGCCCAGCGGCCCGGGCCACCGCCUCUCCCGCCGGCCCCGUCCACCGCCUCUCCCGCCGGCCCCGGCCACAGCCUCGCCCGCCGGCACCGACCCUGCCCCAUCCUUCGACGUCGCACCACCUCCCUCCUCGAGGAGCGGCGGCUGCGACGGCCCUCAUCGCAUCGAAGGGUGGGGUCGGAUGGAUCCAUGGUCCGCGACCGGAUCCAGUGCCGACGAGAGUGGCGAGCACCGGCGAGGCGGCCCAAGACUUGA